AGCGGGGAGAGAGGGGAGAAUGAAAGGCAGAAUGAAAGAGAGAGAGGGAAGAGGAGGAUGAAAGGCAGAAUGAAAGAGCAAGCGAGAGAGAUAGAGAGAGUAGAGAAAAAAGUGAGACACAGGGAGGAACAAGUGGGAGGAGGUCUGAGGCUGAUUGUUCACUCAGACUGACCAUGGUGCAGCAGAAGUUUGCUUAGUUUCUGUUUCUCUCCUCUCUCUCUCUCUCUCAUCCCCCUCUCUCUCACCCCUCUCUCUUUAUCUCUCACUCACUCUCUCACUCACUGUUUAUUUGGCAGGGGAGAGGCUGGCAAAAAGGGGCAGGAUUCACAUGCCACAUGUUUGCCGACAGUGAACAGAGCAGGACUGAGCCACUUUUGUGAGAGUGUACUGCUGUGUGAGUGUGCUUGUGGUUCUCUCGAUUUGUGUGUGUAUGUGUGUGUGUUUCUGUGUAUGUGUAUGGAUAGAAGUUGAGGUGACAAAAACGUAGUUUGGAAGUUUUGCAGACUUAUCAGCCUGUAGUUUGUGUGUGUGUGUGUGUGUGUCUGUGUGUGUGUGUGUGUGUGUGUGUGGCGUGUGCGUGUGUGUGUGUGAGAGAGUGAGUGUGUGUGUGUGUGUGUGUGUGUGAAAGAGAGAGAGAGAGAGUGUGUGUGUAAAAUGUCCAGACGGGUUGGUUCCUCCUCUGGGGCAGAAGUUGCUCUGAAUGGGGGCAAUAAGGAUGUCUCACCUCCAAAGCCCCCCGAGGGCAAGGUGGAACUUCACAAGAAGGUGACCCUGCUCCGGGGAAUCUCCAUAAUCAUUGGGACCAUCAUCGGAGCAGGAAUUUUCAUCUCCCCCAAGGGGAUACUGAAACACUCCGGAAGUGUGGGAAUGUCGCUGGUGGUAUGGAUUGCAUGCGGAGUGCUGUCUUUGUUUGGAGCGCUCUCUUAUGCAGAGCUGGGCACCUGCAUCAAGAAGUCUGGGGGCCACUACAUAUACAUUCUGGAGACGUUCGGCCCUCUCAUGGCGUUCGUCCGCCUCUGGGCUGACCUGAUUGCAAUAAGGCCUGCAGGGUUGGCAGUCAUUUCGUUGGCAUUUGGUCAGUACAUUCUAGAGCCUAUCUUCACUCCCUGUGGGGUUCCAGAGAUUGCAAUCAAACUGGCCACUUCCAUCGGCAUAACAACUGUGAUGUACAUCAAUUCUAUGAGCGUAAGCUUGACGGCCAGGAUACAGAUCUUCCUGACAGGCUGUAAGCUCUUAGCAAUGGCCAUCAUCAUCGUCCCAGGAUUUUAUCAGCUCUUCAAAGGAGAGACGCAGAACUUUGAAAACGCCUUUCAGCUGGAGAAUGUCCAGUUGACCGGCCUUCCGCUGGCCUUCUACUCAGGGAUGUACGCCUAUGCUGGCUGGUUUUACUUGAAUUUUGUAACUGAGGAGGUGGAAAACCCAGAGAGGACAGUGCCACUAGCCAUCUGCAUCUCCAUGGCGAUAGUGACUUCAUGUUACGUGCUGACUAACGUGGCGUAUUUUGCGGUGAUGUCCGCCGAGGAGCUUUUGGCAUCGGAAGCGGUUGCCGUGACCUUUGCGGAGAGGCUGAUGGGAAAGUUCUCAGUUGCAGUUCCCAUAUUUGUUUCCCUGUCCUGCUUCGGAUCCAUGAACGGAUGUCUGUUUGCGUUUUCACGAAUGUUCUACGUAGCAUCUCGCGAGGGCCAUCUGCCAGAGUUCCUGUCCAUGAUUCAUAUUCGCAGACACACACCCCUGCCUGCGGUCAUCAUUUUGUAUCCCGUGACGCUGCUGAUCCUGUGGUCAGGUGACAUGUACAGCCUGCUGAACUUCAUGAGCUUCCUGCGCUGGCUCUUCAUCGGCGUGGCCGUGCUCGGGCUCAUCUACCUGCGCUACACGCGACCGGACAUGCCACGGCCAUUCAAGGUGCCACUGUUCAUCCCUGCAGUUUUCUCCUUGACCUGUUUCUUCAUGGUGUUCCUGUCUCUGUACUCCGACCCUGUGAACACAGGCAUAGGCUUUGCCAUCUCUCUCACAGGAAUCCCUGCAUACUACAUCUUCAUUGUCGCCAACAAACCAAAAUGGGUGCUCAGGCUCUUAGAUUCUAUGAACAGAUCACUACAGAUCAUCCUUGAAGUGGUACCAGCAGAUAACUAAUGGUUCUUACUCUUAUUGCUUCCUUUGUGUGUGUGUGUGUGUGUGUGUGUGUGUGUGUGUGUGUGUGUGUGUGUGUCUGCUUGUGUGAGUGUGUGUGUGUGUGUGUCUCUAUAUUUCAGACAAAGGGAAGAUAUAAUUUGUACUGUAUCUGAGCUACAUAUUGUUUGUGUGUGUGUGUGUGUGUGUGUGCGCGUGUGUGUGUGUGUGUGCACGUGAGUCUGACUGUGAAUCUCAACA